UAAAUGACGGGCGGAGUCGGCCGGCAACUUCCGGUUAGGGGAAGAAAUUUGGGCGGUAGGAGGAGCCGUGGAGAGGGAGGAGGAGGAAGAGAACAGGGCCGGGCGGUGGCGGUCGGUGUAGGUUGUGUGGUGGCAGCGGCUUUCCCCCGUGCGGACGAUGGACAGCCAGGGCAGGAAGGUGGUGGUGUGCGACAACGGCACCGGGUUUGUAAAAUGUGGAUAUGCAGGCUCUAACUUUCCAGAACACAUCUUCCCAGCUUUGGUUGGAAGACCUAUUAUCAGAUCAACCACCAAAGUGGGAAACAUUGAAAUAAAGGAUCUCAUGGUUGGUGACGAGGCGAGUGAAUUACGCUCAAUGUUAGAAGUUAACUACCCUAUGGAAAAUGGCAUAGUACGAAAUUGGGAUGACAUGAAACACCUGUGGGACUAUACAUUUGGACCAGAGAAACUUAACAUAGAUACCAGAAAUUGUAAAAUCUUACUCACAGAACCCCCUAUGAACCCAACCAAAAACAGAGAGAAAAUUGUAGAGGUCAUGUUUGAAACUUAUCAGUUUUCGGGUGUGUAUGUAGCCAUCCAGGCAGUUCUGACUUUGUAUGCUCAAGGUUUAUUGACUGGUGUAGUGGUAGACUCUGGGGAUGGUGUAACUCACAUCUGCCCAGUUUAUGAAGGCUUUUCUCUCCCUCACCUUACCAGGAGACUGGAUAUUGCUGGGAGGGAUAUUACCAGAUAUCUUAUCAAGCUGCUUCUGUUGAGAGGAUAUGCCUUCAACCAUUCUGCUGAUUUUGAAACAGUUCGAAUGAUUAAAGAAAAACUGUGUUAUGUGGGAUAUAAUAUUGAGCAAGAGCAGAAACUGGCCUUAGAAACCACAGUAUUAGUUGAAUCUUACACACUCCCAGAUGGACGCAUUAUCAAAGUUGGGGGAGAGCGAUUUGAAGCCCCAGAAGCUUUAUUUCAGCCUCAUUUGAUCAAUGUUGAGGGAGUUGGUGUUGCUGAAUUGCUUUUUAACACAAUCCAAGCAGCUGACAUUGAUACCAGAUCUGAAUUCUAUAAACACAUUGUGCUUUCUGGAGGGUCUACUAUGUACCCUGGCCUGCCAUCGAGGUUGGAACGAGAACUAAAACAGCUCUACUUAGAACGAGUUUUAAAGGGAGAUGUGGAAAAACUUUCUAAAUUUAAGAUCCGCAUUGAAGACCCACCCCGCAGAAAGCACAUGGUAUUUCUGGGUGGUGCAGUUCUGGCAGAUAUCAUGAAGGACAAAGACAACUUCUGGAUGACCCGGCAGGAGUACCAAGAGAAGGGUGUCCGUGUGCUGGAGAAACUUGGUGUGACUGUUCGAUAGACUGCAAAGCUUAUCCCCAUCCUGCCCCUAACACUUUCUUCUUUCCUUUAUUGCCAAUCUUUGAACUCAUUCAACUCCAGGACAUGGAAGCGUCCUCUCUGUGCCCUUUGACUGGAAAGGUCAAGUUUUAUUCUGGUGUCUUGGCGAAGCUUUGUUAAAUUUUUGUUAAUGUGGGUAAAUCUGACUGUUUAAUUCAACCAUUUGCCUACAAAAACAAAGAGGGCAAAGGGCCCCUCCUCUGCUUUGUUUCUUCUAAGUAAUCAUUUAGAUCAUUCCUGUAGGCUUCCUCUUUUCACUUUACUGCUCUAAGGCUGCUAGUUUUAGUCUUUAGCACACUAGGUGGUAUGCCUUUAUUAGCAUAAAAAACUUUAACAGGAGCUUUUACAUAUUAUUGGGGUGGGGGUGGUUAGGGAUGGGUGGGCAGCCUCUGACCUCUUUAGGGCAUUUCCUCUGUAGUUUGGGCGCUUUCAGCAGUUACUGCUGCAGCUUUAAGUACCUUAAAGCUUCUCCUGUUAACAUCUUAGGGAAACGUUAGGGUCAGAACUAACGUGUUUGGGGUGGGUUUUUGCGUGGGGAGGGGAAAUGGGUGGUCUUUUGAUUUUGAUUUUUGAGAUUUUCUCUUCUGGGUACCCAAGAUAAACUUAAUUUACAAUACUUUGAUUUGGCAAGUUUUCUUCUACUUUUGGUCUGCCUGGAAGUGUUUCCAUAUGGUGUAAAAGGCAAGUGUAGUAUUCCAUUACCAUGUGGCUUUGGGAUUUUUAAAAAUCAAAUAUGUUGGCUGGGACUAGACUCCCUAGAAUCUCAAUGGAAAAGUAACGUUCAAAUGUUUUUGGUAACUCAAAUUACAGUUUUAAAAGUGCUUAAGACUGGUGUUUUCUAAAUGCUUCUAUUUAUUCCAGAAUGAUUAAGGUAAUGGGGGGCCAAGUACCAUUCUUAUAGAUUAUUCUUUUAUAUAGUUGAACAGUGUUUAUUUAAUAAAACAAGCAGGUACUUAUAAAUAAUUACUGUAGUAGGUUAUUCUAAUUGUGGGGUUAAAAAUUACAUUGGAAUAUGGGACUUGUUGCCAGUUGGGUAACUUCAUUAGGUUUUCUUUUGUUUUGAUUUGAAACUUGGAAACGGAGUAAAAUUUGACUAUUUAAAAUGUCCCCCCCAAAUCAAGAUUAAAUUAGUGUUUGUACCAAAAACUAAUCAUAAAUGUUAAUUCUCAGCCAUCUUUUAUGCUCGAGUAGAGUAGUUUAUAUUUUGUAAAUGUGAGCAGACUUUUCUGCCUGUGUCAGAAAAUCCUAUAACUCAAAGCCAUGAGAAAUUGUAUCACACUAAGUACAAAAUAUAAGUUCUAGAAAAAAGUUUCCCUUCAUUUCAAAACAUUUUUUACUAAAAUAAUGGCUUUGAAAGAAGUGGCUUAAUUUGGAGAGUGACAAAAUCAAGGAAUUAUUGACUUAAGUCUCUCUGAGAAAAUAUAAUUCAUUUAUGUGAAAUAAGUAACAAAAAGUUGGUUUUAGUUAUGCAGCUUCUGUUAAUAUUGAGAAUUUUUUUGUCUUUCUUACCUCAGUUUCAACAAAUAAGUUUGCCUGCAUGCUGGACAUGCUUCAGUACACAAGAAUAGCCAGUGAAUAACGUCUACUAGCUUUUGGGAACGUGGAUCUCAGAGUCACUCUAGAUUCCUCAAGUUCCUAAAUCAAGUUCUUUAAAUACCCCCAGCCUUCUGAGUACUGGGCUUGUUAAAGAAACACACAUGGAGGACUAGCACCUACUGGGUGUUCAGUUUGGGGAAAUAGAUUGACUCUCGACCUUUGGUCAUGAUUUUAACAUAUGUGGAAAACAACAAAGAAUUGGAUGGACUCUUUUGUAAAACAGUGAAAGCAUAUAUCAUUUGUCCCUUGAGUGUAGAAUUGUUUUAUUUUGUAAUUCUGUUAGCAAACAUGACAGUUAAAAUGGUAUAUUAAUAUAUAAUUUAGAAGCUCCAUUUUAUAAUUUUCCUAUUCCAUGGUAAAAUAAUGCACUUAGUAAUUUGGGAGUUGGGUGGAGUAUUAUGUUUAAUUAGAGUCAUUGUCAGGAAAGAAUCCCUUGUAAAUUAAAAAAAAUUCUGUUUUAAAAAAUCUGAUUUUUAACUCUUAAAACCAUUGUCAAAUUACCAAUAAUUAAAAUUCUUUUAUUUUUAAAUCAGAAUUGCUAGUUCCUUGACUUUUGAGAAAGGUUUGUUAGAAAUAGGACCUACAUUUAAACUUUUUUCUUUAAUACAUGGUAUUGGAUAUUAACUUUUACACUGUUCUGAGCACUAUUAAUAUUUGCAAUGUAUUUUGAGAGAUCGUUGAAAUGGUAAUUAUUCUAAAUUUACCAUGAAUAGACUUCUUUUGGAUUCAGAAAAUAAAAAUCAGAUUUUUCAAAGUAA